AUGUCCACUCCUCACCUAACACCCAUACUGUCCUGCCUUGACCAUGGCUCUAUCACCGCCACUCUCUCGUCUCCCCCGCUUCAUCCAUAUCAGUCUCCAAAUUUCUCCAUCCCUGCGCCUAUUCUCCGCCACCUUCGUAUGGCUUCGGACCAUCUUCAUGCGGGACGUACCGUGGCUUUCCCUACCGAGACUGUGUACGGACUGGGAGCGUCGACACUAUCCUCUUCUGCCGUCUCAUUGAUUUAUAAAAUCAAGAACCGACCUUCUGAUAACCCUCUCAUUGUUCAUGUAUCCUCACUUGACAUGCUCCAAAGACUCCUACCCCCUUCAUACACUCUUUCUCCUCUUUAUAAAGCCCUAAUCUCUUCCUUUUGGCCAGGACCUCUCACACUCCUCUUCCCAUCACCUAAUCCUCCACCAUUACCAGCACCACAAACACUAGCUACCCGUAUGCCCGCUCAUCCCCUCGCUCUGGCUCUCAUCUCCGUGUCAGACUUACCUCUGUCAGCCCCUUCUGCCAAUUCUUCUGGUCGACCAAGUCCAACAACGGCAGAACACGUACGGAAUGAUUUGGCCGGAUCAGAGGGCUUAGGUUGUAUACUGGACGGGGGAUCAUGUGAUGUGGGAGUGGAAUCGACCGUUGUCAAUGGUCUCGAUUGGCGGGAAGGGGGAGGGGGAAGUGUGGAUGUGCUUCGACCCGGUGGACUUGGGGUGGAAGAGAUUGCCAGAAUAGUCCAAGAAGUAGAUGGAAAAGCAGGAAGGACACAGGUUCUGGUUCUUGGUAAGCCAUGGAACGGAGGAAAAAUCAUCGAGCUGUCAGGAGAAACCAAGAAAAAGAAUGAAGAAGUGAAAUUAGCCCCAGUCACACCUGGACAGAAAUAUCGACAUUAUUCCCCUCGAGUUCCAGUCUAUCUACUUCUACCAAGUAACACUUUCCCCUCUCCUCCAUCUUCCUCCACCAAGCGAUUCGUUCCAACAGAGGUCAUCCAGCAUAUCGUCUCUCAUCAUAAAGUGAAGCGAUUAGGACUUCUUCAUUACGACGAGUCUCCCCUAUCUCAUCAACUGCUUGCCGCCAAGUCAGAAGGAUUAGAAAUCAUUCCCUCCUCUCUCGGAAGAGACGCCACUUCCGGAGCGCAGCGACUCUUCUCAGGUCUACUCAGCUUAGAAUCACAACAUCGACGUACCGUCGACGACAACGAAGAUCAAAUAGGAGUCGAUGCCAUACUAGUGGAAGGGUGUAGCGAAGAAGGGAUAGGACUCGCAGUGAUGGAACGCCUAGGGAAGGCUGUAGGAGGUGGUGGGAAAACCGGUGAUGUGGGGAACGAUGAUCAUCAAGGGGAAGUAGGUAGAUAUUGGGUACAAGUUUGA